AUGAAGGUUGGUGACAUAUUUUUACCAGAUGAUCAAGAUUUUCGUCAAUUUAAAAUUGAUUGUACAACUGAUGAAGGAUGGACUACAUGUUAUGAUAAAUCAUCAUGUCGUGUAGCUACAAAAAAAAAUUCUUUAUCACCAUUUGAUGUUCUUCGUGUUCAAUCAGAAUUUCAAGGUAUAUCAAGUGAAUUACUUUAUGAUGUUAUUCAUGAUAGCGAAUUUCGUCAAACAUGGGAUACAGCUAUGUUAGAAGGUUAUGAAAUUUGUUCUGUUCUACCAAACAGUGAUAUAGGCUAUUAUUCAAUUAAAAGUCCACCGCCAUUUAAAAAUCGUGAUUUUGUCACACAACGUUGUUGGCUAGAUUUAGGACGGAAUAGUGAAAAAUAUGUUCUUAAUCAUUCUGUCAAUCAUCUUCGCGAACUACCACGCAAAAAUUGCAUUCGUGGAAUAUCUUAUUUAACAGGUUAUUUAAUUAUACCAACAGGACCUUCCUCAUGUACAUUUUAUUAUAUGACACAAUCUGAUCCUGGAGGUAGUUUACCAGUUUGGCUUGUGAAUAAAAUUUCGAAAGUACUAGCACCGAAAAUAAUGAAAAGAUUAGCUAAAGCUUGUACAAAAUAUGAUAAAUGGAAAGCCAAAAAUCAACCUUCGCAUAAACCAUGGCUAUAUCCUGAGCAGAUGACUAUUGCUCGUUAUAAUCCCGAUGAAAUUGGAAGAUUUGAUGUGAAUGAAACAUUAACAACUUCAGCUAAUACGGGUGAAGCAAAUGUAGGAGAAAAUACAGUCGAAAUAGAUAAUUAUGUGAAAGAAGAUUAA